UGUUUCACGGAAUAUCAGCACCAGUUCAAACAGCGAGUCUAAAAUCAAAUCUUUAUGUACCUGAGGGCCUAUCGCGAAAAAUGUAAAUCAAAUUAUAUCUGCCUCUCUUUUAAGGUUGAUAAUCAAAUUUAGAUUUUUUUUUCACAAAUAAGAAUUUGUUAAACAAGGAUUUCGUGUAUUAUUAUUUUUUGAACGUCACCUUUGUAUUUAUCAUGCCAAUUUUUAUUAUCUGUGGUUCGAUUCAGUACUGUCAAUAAAUGAAAAAAUCUACCGGCAAAAAUAAACAAAAUUUAAACGAAAAGUGUCGUAACCCACAACUUUUAAUAAGACAUCUAGUUCUAGCGUGUUCUGUUAAAACUCCAAGAGUUCUUUUUUCAUAAAAUGGCCUCGAAAAAGCCUCCCAAAACCGAGUUGGUGGCUAUAUGCAAACUGGAAUUUUACAGAAAACAGAAAAACUGGAAGUUUUGCUCCCAGGAACGUAAAGCGAAGGAUUCCAAGAGACGUACUAAAAGUACCAAUGGAAAACUCAACCAGACCUACAACAUAGCACCAGCCCCCAAGGAGGUGGAGCCAGAGCCAGUGGCAACGGAGCUUGAGGAACAACAAAACCUGGAUGAAGCAUUUGUAGAGGCGGAGACCGGGACAGCCUCGGAGUCAGAUGAGCCAGUGGUGGAGGGCCAGGAUGUCUUGAAGGAUGUCCUUGAGACUGAGACAGGAAAGCCCUCAUCUCAAUUGGAGCCCCCCUGGGGCCUCUAUUCGCCGCGCUGGUCCAUCCAACGCUGGGCGGAGCGCCAUCGCCUCUGGAACCCUGAACCCCCGACCCAUGAUCCACCAUGCCCCACCUUUGAUCCAUUAUGCCCCGCGUUUGAUCCAUCAUGCCCCUCGUUUGAUCCGCCGUGCCCCACUCGCGAUUGCCUUACACAUGAUCCAAUAUAUCCUUUACAAAAUCAAGGCAUUGAUUGUCCAACAUACCCUCAAGAAAACCUCGUUCAUGAUGAUAAUUGUCCUAUUUUUGAUAACAACUACAAUAGCAUACAGCAAGAUUUAUACUCAAAUCAAAACUUUCAACACUACCCUACUUAUAAUUCAAAUUACCCAACAUAUUACACAAAACACGCAGAAUUCGACCCAAAGUAUGCAAGUGUGUUCUACUAUAACUCCUGCUACCAGGAGUUCGAUGUGCCCCAUAGAGGGCAAAGUGAGGCAUUUGUGCCCCAGCACGAUGUGUUGAACGUGGGCAAGGAGUGGGACGACCGCGAGUGGUGCGCGGGCGAGGGCGCGGCGUGGAGCGACCCGGAGUGGCAGGCAGAGGCAGCGGCGCUGUGUGCGGGCGGCGGGCCGGGCGGGGAGGACGCCGUGGACGGCGACUGGCGGCAAGACCUGAUCUUGUUGUCCCGCUGCGACAGCGUGCCAUCGGUGGCGAGCAGCGAAUUCAUUCGCGGCGCCGCACUCGUCCCGCAUUCUACUCAGAUCGACUUGCUGCUCGGCCCGGAGCCAGCGACCGCAUUAACAGGGCCAGCGCUAGCCGCCGCCGUGGCUCGACAUUCAGCUGCCCUCCGUGAACUACUGCAUGAGACACACCGCCGGCAACAGAUAUCCUCAAAAGAAGCACCUACUUACGACGCCGUCCCAGUCCGGGAGCCCGGUCCCUCCUCGUGCCCCCCUCCCCCGCGCUUCAACGACCCCCUCGUGGCCGGCUCGUUCCGGAACACGCCGGACCUGAAGGGGCAGACGGGGCAAGCUGGACAGGGGCAAAGUGAGGUCGGGCGCGGCCGGGGGCGGCUCGCGGCGCGCGCGGGCGCCAGCCGCCCCGGCCCCCGCCCCCGCCGGGCCGGCGCCACCGCGUGCUGACUCACUCGUCACACGUGCUGACUCACUCGUCACACGUGCUGACUCACUCGUCACACGUGCUGACUCACUCGUCACACGUGCUGACUCACUCGUCACACGUGCUGACUCACUCGUCACACGUGCUGACUCACUCGUCACACGUGCUGACUCACUCGUCACACGUGCUGACUCACUCAUCGCACGUGCUGACUCACGAUCACUUGCCAGGCAUUUUGAAAGCCCAGACAGUGCAAGUGUUAUUUUAAACGUCAAAUUUCUAUGAAAUUAUGACAUUUACUUAACACUUGCACAGGCUGGGCUAUCAAAAUCGAUGCUAACUUCUUCUCAUCAGCUUGGUCUAGCUCUAGCUAAAUGUGAAAUACAAAAAAAUUGUAUAUUAUAGUGUUUCGUUGUUUUCGUCCUAUCCAAUUCGCAGCGUACUUAAGAGGGAAGUCAUACCACGGGUCGUCCAUAUAAAAGAGAAAACUUUUCCAUUUCAAAAUAUUUUAUGAAAAUGAUAUGAAAAUGUAGGUUUAUAGAUUUUCCUUUUUUUCUAAAUUUGCAAUACAACAUUUUUUUAAAUCGAAACCUAUACUUAAACCUAUAUACCUGUACUUAAAUAUAUUAUGCUGAAGCGAUCAACAUCAAUAUGCGCCCAGCAGCACUGCGGUUAACACAUUGAGAUAUAGAUGAUAACUCUCAAUGUGUUAACCGCUGAUGCGUUAAAAAACGUUUAUUUUAUUUUAUUGUAUUAAUGCAUGUGUAUUUAUAGUGUAGUGUUCCAAAUCAAUAUGUAUGAGUCAUUAUGUUACUCAAAAUAAACGAAUUUCAAAAUUAAAAUUAAAGUAAAUUUAGUUAGUGAAAAAAAAUUUCUCCCGAAAUGGAAUUUUAUAGCAAAAGUACCAUUAUUUCGCUAGAAUCGCAAUUGGUUAGGUUUAUUACUUAACUUUUCAUUAAAUUUUUUAAUUCAAAGAUAUAUCAUGCAGUCGAUAAUCCGUUGGACCUUCAAGAUAGUUCCAACGACUUUUUGCGGUAAAUCUAACAAUUGUUUUGGUUUUCCUAAGUACCCUGUUUAUUGUAUAGGACGAAAAUAAAAACGAAACGUACAACCUCAUCUCAGGCGCUUGGAAAAAUGCCGUAUGACAAUGCCUUAAGUGACCUUAAGUGUUAUAAUAAUGUGCUUUACUCAAAACGUUGGUUCCUAACUGUUUUCAAAAUGUUAGUAUUAAGUUUUUUUAUUAUAUACAAAUAUAGUUUACGGAUCGUUAUUGUGUCUUAGUUAUAAAGGGAAAAUAGAUGCCUAAUAUUCCCACUAGAGAUAGACCGAGCUAAGUUGCCAACGACUUUGAUAGCAGUUAAAAUUAACACUUGCACAGUCUGUGAUAUUCAAAUCGCCAUUUGAGCUCGGUCUAACUGUAUUACUUUAUGCAUAUGGCAGUUGUACUAUAAUUAAUGGCACCCCCACCUAUAGUGGGCACCUUUGAUCUUAUACACCGUGUUUAUUUUUUUCGUUAAUUUCAAGGGUGCAUCCCUGAGCUUAAAUUAAGUAACUUUCUCAGACACCGGUAUUCUAAUUAACUCCAUUUCGAAUAUAUACUAUAAUUAUGUUUUAUCUUAUAAGGCCCUUACGAGUGUGUAGCACUUGCCUUAGGGCCUGUUUACAUUAUUGAUUAGUGUUUAGUAGUAGUUCAUACAUUUGCUACUAAACGUAACUAUCUCGGACAAUCGUUGUUCGAAAUGACAUUGACAUGUCACAGUUGUCAAUUGUUUGGUUGAGUUCAAUGUAAUGCCCGUGUGACAACAACGCUAUAUGCAACAUUUAAUUACUUUAAAACAAA